GGGUGGGGUGGGGUCCAGGCUUUAAAGGAAAUAGUGCCCUCCUUUGGGUCCAGUGCUGUGUCUUAUCUCUUGAAAUCCUAAAAUCAAUCUAAUGAUCCCACCUUCCAAAUGAAGAAACUGAGACUCAAGAUCGGAGGGUUUUAGCAAGUUGCCCAAGGUCAUCCAGCUAGUGAGCAGCUGGGCUGCAAACAGCCUGGGUCUGACCCCAAAGCCAUGCUCUCUCCAGUCUCCUGCUGGGAUAUCUGUGUCCCACAGAAGAGGUGGUGGCUCUGGGCUCUUGGGUGUCCUCUCUCUCUUGGGCACAGAGGCAGUGACAGCUCACCCAAAUGGGGCAGAGAGGCAGCCCCCUCCCUUCCCUGGCCUGGCCCUGCCCCCAAGGAUACCACAGAUCUGGGGGGGUGUAUAGACAAGGCAGCCAGAUACCACUUUCUUGGCUUCAGGCCCAGCCCCUGGGGUUCCUAGAACACAUGAAGUGCCCAGGGUUGGCUCUUCCCAGGAUCUGACCCUCCCCACCUCUCCCAGACACCCUGCGUCUUCAUCUUAUCCCCUGCAUUGAAACUUUAUUUGACCUUCAGAGGGACAGGCCAGCUUUGAGGGCUGUCCUCACUGUAGGACCCCAGAGUCCUGCGGGGUUACAGGCCCCAGUUGUGCAUGUCACGCCCUGCAUAACUCCAGGGAGUGCCUCACACAUUUGAAGUCACAGUCUAUCUGAAAGUCAUGACAGCUUUCUGGAAAAUGGAAGUAAGUGUGUUGAGGAAGCGGGUAUUUGGUUCUAAUUCACAGAGUUGCUUUGGGGGCAUGUGGGAAGGGUCUGUCAUAUCUGGCCCACCUCAGCUUCCUGCUCCUGACCCUACCCAGGAUUCCAGCACAGUGCCCUGGCCUGUCACUUGGAGGUUCUCAAAGCCAGGCCUCGGGUGGCCAGAGCUGUGGUGCCUUGAAGUGUUAAUGCUAGAAUGUCACAGCGGAAGGGUGGUCAAAACUCUAGCAUUCGAAGCCCAGGAGGUAGCCAUCUGUCAGCCAACAAAUGUUUAUUUCUGGCCAGAACGAGCACCUUACUUGGAGUUUUUGCCCAGGUGUCUGCCAGGCAGGUCUGGUGCUUCUGUCCCCGUGUCUGUCCCUUUUGAGUGUCUGUGUGAACUGGGGUGGGUGGGGUGUUGGGUUUUCUGUGGUGGUCCAGACUCCACCCAGGUGGCACUGGUUGAAAUAGCUGGAGAACUGCAUGGACACUGGCUGGCCCACCCUCUGCUCUUAAGCAUCCCGUCUCCUCUUUCCCCUGUCCCCUGGAGGUCCCAGGUCUCCUUCCUCAAUGCUUGUCCUGCUUCUCAGGCUUGGUCAUGACUCCCUUGGUUGCUCCACCUGUCAGUGCCUUCUGCACCCAGAGGUUGGACAGAAAAUGGAAAAUUCCUGGCUCCCUCCAGCUCCCUUCCUGGCUGCAGGGCCUCAUGCAAGGGUCACCUUGAAUUGGAAGCUGGUCCCCUGGUGGGAAGCAAGUUGGAGCUGACAGCUGGGAGUCCGGAGGCCUGCAAGGAAGCAGCAGCCAUGGAAAGCAGUGUGGGCCCUGGCUCCGAGACGGGCUCAGUGGGGUGGGGAGAUGGGACCUGUGGACCCACCACACGGACGAGGGUGAAGGGCCAGGCAGAAGCUGGCCAGGGUGGGUUGGUUGUAAGCCACAGGGUAAGGCAGAGCCCUGGAGGCUGGGUGAUGGAGAGGACAGGGUGCAAAGGCCUACAAAGGCCCUGGGCCACCAAAGCUUGAGGAAUCAUCAGAAUCUGGGCGGGAGAGCCCAGCAUACUGGGGUGGGCGGGGAGCCUGGGCUUGGGGACCGGUUAGCCGGGCCUGAGUCGCCCUCUGGUGGCCUCAUAACAAACUGCAGUCAGACCUGCUCUCGGCUCCCUGUCUUCUCCCUCCCAGCUCAGUUCCAAGGCCCUGCUCCUCUUCCCAGUGUCCCACCUCAGCCUCACCUUCCUGUCUCUGCUGCAGCCCUCACUCCCUCCAUGACCCCAAGUGCAGGUCCACAUAAAUAGGCUGGAUUUGAUUUCCAGGGCUCGUUGUCUUGGUUUCUAUUGCCAUGGUGACCAUUCCCAUUCCUCCUUCUCUGUGGGUGUGGAGCAUCCUCCGGCUCAGGCUCUAGGGGUCAGAUGUGAUGAGGAAUUUGUGUUGGUGCUCACAAGCACUUCAGAGGCUCCCCCUGCUUCACCACAAUGGCUUCCUUCCCCCAGGCCUUGAGGGAGAGGUCUUCACCCAGAGGGGCAGGAGGGCCUCAGAGGGGGAACAAAGAUCCCCUGGCCAACCCAGGCCUCUUCCACACAGCCCUUCCCCUGCGCCCAGGCCAGCAGCUGACUCCCCCCUGCUGCCCCCCCUUCCACUCUGGGAGUGGUGCCAGGGUGAGAGGGGACCCUGGCACUGACCAACCGCGUCUGGGAAUUCCCGCCCACUGUAGAGCUGUGGGAGGGGGUCCCCGUGUCCCUGAGGAGCCAAUAGCAACCUGGCCAGGCCCGGGGGGGGGGGGGUUGUAUAUUUCCCAGGCCAGCACUCCUGGGCCCUGUCUCUUCUCUGCCUGCCUGGCACCAGCUGGACCCCACUCUGCCUGGGGGGCCCUGAGCCCCCCCCCAGGUGCCCGGUUUGAUACCGCCCUCUCCCUUUGGGGAAGACCUGAGGACCCUUGCACCUCAGGGAUGGCCCAGCCAGGGCUCUCUGUCAAGUCGCUGGUGUCAUCUUAUGAGACCCGAGUUGUGGAAACAGCUCCGGGGCCACCCCGAAAAAAGGGCUGUGUCUCCUCUCCUUGCUCUCCACGGGGAGCAUCCCCUAUCCGAGGGGCGCCUGGGCCACCACACCACCGGGGCCUCGGGGGACCUGGGCAGUGGCCUUCACCCUGCCGAGGGGUGGACAAAACCCUCCUGCCCCUGAUCCUCUACUGUCACAGUAGCUCCAGCAUGCUGACUGGCAUUGACAACAAGAUCGAACAAGCCAUGGAUCUGGUGAAAUCUCACCUCAUGUUUGCAGUCCGGGAGGAGGUGGAGGUGUUGAAGGAGCAGAUCCGGGACCUGGCGGAGCGCAAUGCUGCGCUGGAGCAGGAGAACAGCCUGCUGCGCGCUCUGGCCAGCCCGGAGCAGUUGGCCCAGCUGCCCUCCUCGGGGCUUCCCCGGCUUGGGCCCCCUGCACCCAACGGGCCCUCCAUCUGAGCCUCCCAUCCCUCACAAUGUGCCUUUGGGGGCUGCCACGGCCACAGGGCCUCGAGCCAGCUGCCUGCCCCCUCUUCCUAUGCAGCUUUAAUGCCCCCUGAUCCCAGGGAUUGGGAGUACAAGGCUCAGCAGUGGCCUGCCCCCCUCCCCAGCUCGGUCUCCCCCAGUCCCAGGUUUGGAGGAGGGAGGGCUCAGCACAGGGUAUGGAUGGAGUCCCCUUUGCAAGCCAGUGAUUGAUGCCAGUCCCCUCCCUGCCCAGGCGUCAGUGUUCUGGGCCCCCAGCAGUAGGUGGUUAGGAGGAGGGGCUGGAGGUUUCCUGGCAGGCCCCUCCUUGACCUUAUUCCCCCGAAGCGUCCCCUCUCCACUGCCCAGGAGAGGGCAUAUGGACAGUAAAUGGAAGUUCUGGGAUUCAGGUUGUUCUUAAAUAAUAAUUAUAAUUAAAAAAUCUGAAGAAACUUGAA